CGCUCCACACGAAUGUUUGAAGACUAUCUGACCCUCCAGCACAUGCGCAACAAGCGAGAGGCAGAGGUGGAUGUUGAUGACGAGGUCGGGGCGGAUGGCUUCUCUGGAGACAACUCGGUAGGUUUUGAGGGUGAGGCUGCAGAGGAUGAGGAGGAGGAGGAUGAGGAGAAUGAAGAGGAUGAGGAGGAUGAGGAGGAAGGGGAGGAGGAGUAGGAGUAGACUAGGAGUAGUACUAGGU